AUGCAUUUCACGCUCCUUACUACAGGUCUCGCAGGCUUGUUGGUUAUUCCAGAGGUGUCUGCCCACUUGCGUGUGUACAGAUGCAGCGGUGAUUACCCAAAAUAUGGUGUUCAUUUCUCCGAUGGCCUUCAUUUCGAUCACGGUCUUGCAAGAAAUGGCAAGGCUGACCCAAUCCCCUAUCAGAUGGAUGUGUCUGCUUUCUCGAGCCCCGUGAUUCCAUCAUCAUGGGAAUCUCCGUACAAGAAUCAACCCCGCAAGUACCUAGAAACAGGUUGCGGAAGCAGUAUGAAUAGAAUCACGCACUACUGGAAAAAACAACCACAGCACUUCACACCUUAUGGUGAACAUCACCAUCUUGCGUGGAAACAUAGAAUGAUACACUUUUACGAGAGGCCGGUCGAUUCCAACACCCUUCACGAUACUAAGGGUGCAAUUCUCGCAGCCGCAAAUAAAAACAGGAUCUUGAAGGUUACUCCUGGCGGCUGGUUGGAGUUCGUUUAUUAUCAGGUCAAUGAUGAUGGCGCUGGCCCCUUUAGAUGCCGAUACGAUGAAACCGGCACGGGAACAAAAUUCGGACCAUGGAUGGCUAAUAUCGGAAGGCCGGAUAUCAAUGGCGAUCACAGCGUCAACUAUAAGGGAAAUGGUUGGGAUCACGGAUUUAAGGUCCCUAUUCCCAAGAAUAUAAAAUGUUCAGCCACGUAUGGGGCUUAUAAGAACGUCUGCGUAUUGCGCUGUGAAAACUUUGCGAAGAAUGGUCCAUUCGGAGCCUGCAUUCCUUUCCAGGUUAUCUAUCCAACUCCUCCUUCACCACCAAAGACCUCGCCGAAGCCACCACCACCAAGGCCAACGCUGCCACCACCAAGGCCAACAAACCCAGCGAAUCCAAACUCCCCAAGACCAUUAACGACGACGACUACACCUAAGACAACAACGACAACGCCACCCCCACCCCCACCGACAACUACACCUCCUAGCAAACCCGUUGAUGUCAAGGAGCCAGAGCCCGAGCCAGUAUAUGGUGAUCCAGGAUAUGACGUUGAUGAUAAUUAUGACGAGGGCGCAUCGAAGUAUAACAAGCAGCGCAAGUGCGACAUUGAUGGGAAGGUUGAGAGGCGAGUGGCUGUCGCUGAGCUUGAUGAUGCAGAACCAGAAGAGUAA